UCAAGAUUUAGUCCCGCCCCCCUCUCCUUGCUGCUUAGGCUCCGCGGCCUCCAAGCUGUAGCUAUGACGGCGCGCGGGACUGCGAGCCGCUUUUUGGCCAGUGUUCUCCACAACGGACUGGGUCGCUACGUGCAGCAGCUGCAGCGUCUGAGCUUCAGCGUCAGCCGCGACGGCGCCUCGUCUCGCGGCGCCAGGGAUUUCAUGGAGCGGGAGGUGAUCGACUUCGCCCGACGGAACCCAGGGGUCGUAAUAUAUGUAAACUCGCGUCCGUGCUGCGUGCCCAGAGUAGUGGCCGAAUACCUUAACGGGGCUGUGCGCGAGGAGAGCAUCCACUGCAAGUCGGUCGAGGAGAUCUCGACGCUGGUGCAGAAGCUGGCCGACCAGUCGGGCUUGGACGUGAUCCGCAUCCGCAAGCCCUUCCACACCGACAACCCUAGCAUCCAGGGCCAGUGGCACCCCUUCACCAACAAGCCGACCACGUUCAGCGGGCUACGCCCCCGAGAGGUUCAGGAUCCUGCCCCAGCCCAGGUGCAAGCACAGUGAAGAGGUGCCCCACCAACUCCAGCCCCAGGCUUUGGACUGUUUCUCCAGUAAAGGUGGUUCUUCCCCUUUGGGAUUCCAAGCCCAGGCAAAUGGAACCAUCAGUGGGCAAGUUGACAGAGGUUCUGCUUGGGAUAAUGAAGAGCUGCCUGUUUCUUUCCAGUGCCUGCUUCUAGGGGCAGUGACCUUGUGAACCACUCAUUUUUAUGCAAGUGGCAUCCCUAAAACCUGAGAUAAGGAAGACUUCAAGGGUUUUACAGGGCCCUUGUUUUUUAAAUCCAAAUUGAUAAUGAUCUCAAAACACAGUGAGAGGUCUGAAGGCUGGCUUCUGAAGAAUCCCUGAUGUCUUAUUGGUACAACCACUGAGCUAUGGAGAGCUCUGCUGUGAUGGGCUAGGCACUUUAUAUCUGUGUGAAUAAAGAUUUAUAAAACUGAGGUUAAUAAACUUGUCCAAGGUCACAUUUCAGGUCUGUCUUCAAAAUGUGUGCAUAUGUUAAGCACAAGCCUCAGUUUUCAUUAUUUUAAAACUAGACGCAGAACAUAUAACAACUGUCAGGUGGUUAGUAUCAAAGGCCAAGUGAUUAAUCUAGGCCUGACCCCUGAAAGGGAGAGGGGAGUGAUUCCCAGACCAAGCCCUGGCUAACAAGCUUUCUCUCGGUCUUAGCUAUACAUCUCCUUCCCCCUACGUCCCUCUUUGUGCAGAAAUAAAAUCCAUGUCCCUUGAGCCAGCUGGUGGGGAGUGCUGAGAACCUUGGGGAAGGGCAGGAAGGCUGGUAUUGAGUAUUUUCUAAUCUUAGUUUAAAAAAGGGAUGGUGGGGAAAUGAGAGCCAGGAAAUAAAAAUCUAGAAACCCCUGUAA